AUGUUGAGUGGGCAGUUGGGUGCAGGAGAGGCAUCACGCGCGAGCUCGCACAACACGAGCCAAGAGCCAGACCGAAAAGUGGGAUGGGGAGAGCGAAUUCAAUUAUGGGGAUGGGUGCCGAUGUGGAAUUGUGGGAUGGAUGGCACCGGAAUUGUGGGAUGGGUGGCGGGGGUGGAAAUUCUGGGAUGGGGGCAUGCAAAAUUUGGUGAUGGGGGCGCAUGCAAAAUUCUGGGAUGGGGCGAAUAUUGCAGCAAACGGUACACCAUAGAGGAACUACACUGGGACCAUGCCCAAUUUUUGGCUGUCCAGGCCAAGAUUGCUGCUCUGGCAGCAAAGCAUGUCAAAGUUGCGUCGUUCAACGAUCAAGACACUGCAACUUUAAAGAUUGUAUAUGCAGAGGCUGUGGAGGCCCACCCAAUUCUAUUGAAGUAUGAUGGUCACUGGGUGACCAAAGAUAUGUUGAAGAUCCACCUCAAAAACAAGAAACAGCUACACCCGGGCUGCACAUUCCCUGUUGUCAAUGGAAACCCGACGCCGGCCGGAGAAAUGUGUCCAGAGGUUGCAAACCCACCAGCCGGUACCUGA